CCCUCCCACCUCCCCCUCCCUCUCCCUCUCCCUCCUCCGUGUUCCGUCUCUCCCCACCUCCUCGGCAACUCCAAUCCCAAACGGCCAAACCCUACCUGGUCUGCUCUGGCCGCAUCGGCCGGCGCGCGGCGAUGCCUGCCACCGCCUUCGCCUCCGCCUCCGUCGCCGCGUCGCCGUCUCCGUGGUCGCCGCGUCCGCCUCCUCGCCGCGGCCACGUCCGGGUCCGCGCGCCGCCGCCGAGAAGCGGAAGCAGCGCGGGCGGGGGCGGGGGCGACGAGCCCUCCACCGCCACACCGUGGGCGAGCCCCGACUGGCUCACGUCACUCUCGCGCGCGGUCGGCCGGAGCGGCGGCGGCGACGACUCCGGGAUCCCCGUCGCGUCCGCCAAGCUCGACGACGUGCGGGACCUCCUCGGCGGCGCGCUCUUCCUGCCGCUCUUCAAGUGGUUCCGCGAGGAAGGGCCCGUCUACCGCCUCGCCGCGGGGCCACAGGACUUCGUCAUCGUCAGCGACCCCGCCGUCGCCAGGCACGUGCUGCGCGGCUACGGCUCGCGCUACGCCAAGGGACUAGUCGCCGAAGUCUCCGAGUUCCUCUUCGGCUCCGGAUUCGCCAUCGCGGAGGGCGACCUAUGGACGGUGAGACGCAGAGCUGUUGUGCCUUCCCUGCACAAAAGAUUUCUGUCCAUUAUCGUGGAAAAAGUGUUUUGUAAAUGUGCUGAGAGAUUAAUAGAGAAACUUGAGCCAUAUGCUUCGAGUGGGGAACCUGUCAAUAUGGAAGCGAGGUUUUCUCAGUUGACAUUGGAUGUGAUUGGUCUGUCAUUGUUCAACUACAAUUUUGAUUCCCUCACAACAGAUAGUCCUGUCAUUGAUGCUGUGUAUACUGCACUCAAAGAAGCAGAGCUUCGUUCUACAGAUCUUUUGCCAUACUGGAAGAUUGAUUUCUUGUGCAAGAUAAUUCCAAGACAGAUAAAAGCAGAGAAUGCAGUUAGGAUUAUAAGAAACACUGUCGAAGAGCUGAUUAUGAAGUGUAAAGAAAUAGUGGAAGCUGAAAAUGAACAGAUUGAGGGUGAGGAAUAUGUAAAUGAGGGGGAUCCUAGCAUUCUGCGCUUCCUACUUGCUAGCCGAGAUGAGGUAAGCAGUGUACAGUUACGUGAUGAUCUCUUGUCAAUGUUAGUUGCUGGUCAUGAAACAACAGGCUCUGUACUGACAUGGACAAUCUAUCUUCUCAGUAAGGAUCCGACUGCACUGAGGAGAGCUCAAGAUGAAGUAGAUCGUGUUCUACAAGGUAGACUCCCCAAAUAUGAGGAUGUAAAGGAGCUGAAGUACUUGAUGCGCUGUAUAAAUGAGUCUAUGCGGCUGUAUCCACACCCUCCUGUGCUGUUACGGCGUGCAAUAGUCGAUGAUGUUCUUCCUGGAAACUAUAAGGUUAAGGCUGGUCAAGAUAUUAUGAUAUCUGUGUACAAUAUACACAGGUCCCCAGAGGUCUGGGAUAGAGCAGAUGAGUUCAUUCCAGAGAGGUUUGAUUUAGAGGGACCUGUUCCAAAUGAGUCAAACACAGAUUACAGGUUUAUUCCAUUCAGUGGAGGUCCUCGGAAAUGUGUUGGAGAUCAAUUUGCUCUCCUAGAAGCAAUAGUGGCACUUGCAGUUGUGUUGCAGAAGAUUGAUAUUCAGCUUGUGCCAGAUCAAAAGAUUAACAUGACUACUGGAGCUACAAUUCAUACAACAAAUGGACUAUAUAUGAAUGUAAGCCUGCGUAAAGUUCAGCAAGAAGCUGAGUUAGCACUGAGUGAAUCGAAAUAGAUGGAAACGACUUCAAACCAGACUAGAGAGCACCUGCACUGGCUACAGAAUUGUCAAGAUGUGAAAUACUGUAUGCUUCUCCAGUUUCUAGUUGAAAGCUCUACUACAGUACUAUACUAAAUGUCACUGCGUCGGCGUACAGAUUAGCUAUUACAGAUUCGGCUGCUUAAAACUUAGGUCCUGGUGGUAAUCUAAGGCCGAACAGAUUCAUAUAUUGGUGAGCAGCAUGCCAAAUCUACCAGUCAUUCAACAAUGUUUUUUCUCUCACAACAAAUCAACGAACAGUAUUUUCAGUCAUGGUUUACCAGCCAAGCGAACAGGGAGUUGGAGGAAAAAUAUAGUCUGGUUUUUCUUGGUAAAAUCAGUCCUGAACUAGUGAAAGUGAAAACCAGUUGUGUAACAUAUAAUCCGCCCGUUUAUA